AUGCAAGCCAGUCACUGCAGAAGAGUACUCUAUAAUAUGCGUAGAAUGAGGAACUUGAGAACCAUCAGACUUGCUAGUGGGUUUAAUCAGAAGAGCUAUUUCCAGAAAUCCAUGCCAUUACUUGGACUUGCUCUUGGAGCAAUGGCAAUCCAUCAUUACUCUAAACCUGCAUUCUGUGAAGAGAAUUCCAAGAAAGAAGAAAGUGUAGAAAAUGAAUUAGAAGUGACUCUGGAUAAUUUUGAAGAGCUUACUUCUGAAAAUAUCACUGAAGUAAUGAAUAGCAGGGAUACUAAAUUUAUUUACUACUACAACAAAGAGACCACCUCUCCUGAGUACAUGAAGGCAGUAAAUGAGCAUGCCAAUAAGAUGUCUAAUGGACUGAGAUGCAAAUGCUAUGCCCUAGAUGUCGAACAAAAUGGUGAUGCCCUGAAAGAGUACCUUUCUACAAGGAAUAUGACUUCAAAACUUGAGGACGAAAUUGAUAACAAUUGAUUUAUCCUCGCCAACGGACACGAUGAUAUCUGGUUCUGGGACGAUACCUUAAUGUCCUAUUUUCAUGGUGAGCUUCUUGAACAAGUAAUGAACUUCUACACUGGAGUGAGAGUCCUCCAUGAUGAACAUGAGCUCAUGAUCACAAUGACAGAGAACGACAACCACUUUGUGGUCUUCUGUAAGGAUGAUACAAAGGAGAAUGACAAAAAGCUAAAGAAUCUCAGAAGAUUCCAGACAAAGAACACAGACGGAUUCUUAAAAAUCAAAUUUUGGGUCUUAAGAGAUGAAAAAUUAGCAAAGCAACUUGGAAUUGAUACUGAUUCAUUCGGGGAUAUUUAUGUACUCAAGGCAUGUAACCAAUAUAAUCAGCUAGAAGCUACUACAAACUUAAAUGGAAAAGAUAUUUACUCCAUGAAAGUGACUAAUAUUCUGGAUACUUCUAAAGCAACUGACCUUUAUGUAGAUAUAGUUUCAGUGGCAUUGGCAUUCCCUAUAAUUGUCAAUGAUUUCAUGUCAUUUGCACAGCUAUUCAGCAAGUACCAAAGCCCAUCUCUAAUAGUUUACUGUGAUAAGAAAGAUCCUAAUUUCAAGAAUAUUCUAUCAGAGACGUUCAAAGCAAGGCAGAAUUUCCCCUUAAAAAUUGCAAAGAGGGAUCCAGGUGCAAAUCCAAAUCAUGAUUUAAAGAACAAUUUAUUAUUUAUUGUCUCAACUCAGCCAAUGCUGAUUCCUUUGCUAAAAUUGGCUGAUAAAUCACCACGUGUAAUACUCGCUAUGCCAGAGUACGACCAAAAUGACAUCUACGACCUGAGAGACCACCAGUGGAAGAACCUUAAGAAAAUUGAUGGAUUCACUGCAGAAGAGUUUUACAAAAGAGUUGCUGAAAAAUCAGAGCUAAAGAAAGCCAAGAAUGACGAUGAGAAGGAAAGCGCUAAGGCCAAGUUCUCCGAAGAUAGGUUCAAAUUCUCAAAGGCUUACUCUUUCUCAGGAAAAAUCAAUUGUGAGAAGAUUAAUACGUUUAUUGAGGCAGUACAAAAGAAUAAGGUUCAUAAUUAUUUUGAGUCAGAACCUGUCCCUGAAGAAACCCAUGCAGAGAGAAUUGUAGGUGAAGACCUUAAGAAGAAGGUACUACUAUCUGAUCAUGACUGCGUUGUCCUUGUUGAGAAUCCUAAUAUGAACGAAAAUAGAGGUUAUGAGAAGAAAUAUGAGAAUUAUGUCAAAAAGCAGAAGGACAAGGAUGUCAAAUUUUAUAGAAUUAAAUCUUUUAAUGAAACUGAUAUAUUCACUUUCAAAGGAUAUUCUACUCCAACUGUACUCUACUUCAAGAGCGAACAGAAAGAUAAACCAGCCGAGCUAGAUAUCAAAAAAGAUCUCGUAAUGGGCUCUGCAAACAAGCAAGCAUAUGAUAGGAUUGAAGGAUUUGUCAGGGAGAAUAAGUAA